AUGAUAAAAUCAGAUGAGAAUCUGAUCAACACCUUAUGUGCCAAAACAGAAAAGCCAGAUAAUUGCAAAGGGUGUUUGGAAGCAGAACCUAAGAGCAACUCAGCUGAUAGUCAAGGACUUGCCCUCAUAGCAGUGAAGUGUGCAGAGAAGGACACAACCUAUUUGCAUGAGGACUCACUCAAGCUUAUUCCCAAUAGUACUACCAACUUGUUGACAAGCGUUCUAAAAGGUUGUGCAGCAUAUUCAUCCAAGGCACAACAAAUGUUUUUGCCUGUUGCACACUAUGUUCAAGAAAGGAAUUAUAGUGCUGCUCUUGAUGUCAUGACAGAAGAUAUAAUACCUCUUGUAAAUUACUGUUUAGAACUCAUCAAUCAUGCUCCUGAUAUGGUUGUGCCACCGCUGGUCUUGGGUGGGGUUGUGGUUACAAACCAAAGUUGUACAAAUGCUGCUGGAAUCUUAAGUAAUCUUUGA